AAUAUCUGUGGAAACGGAGUGCACGGCGAGCAGACGUUCUGUUCUCCGUGCUCGGCCAGAUCGGCAGUAAACAGCUGGCGACGCGAUGCGUCAGAGCAAAAUGUCGAACGGGACUGCGCCGAGCUAGUCGUCGUCCCCCCCUCCCUACCUUCGCUGCCAGAGGCACGGUGCAAGAGCUGCGAGAAAAAGUGUCUGUUCGUCGGUCACUGUGGUUGUCGAAGCCGUCGGGAACAGAAGUCGGGAGAGGCACCGCAGGGAACGAGCGUCGUCGUCCGCGCCGAGAUCCGUGGAAACGGGUAUUCGCGAUCGAGAAAAUACGCGGCGAAAGUGUCGUUUCCUUUGUUCCCCUACGUGAAAACGUUCUCUCUGCGCAUAGAUUCCCGUGCGUGUGGCGCAGCGUUGUUUGUUGUCGUCGGUACGUCACUCUCGGCGUACACACGGGUGUCUCUUCUCUCGGUCCGGAUAGGGAACGAGAGCUCUCUGCCUACCUGGCCGAGCGUGAAUUCCGGUCGCGACGGAUCCUCCUCGAAUAGGCGACGUAAAACGUAUCUCACGUAUUUUCGUCCCGUAGUCGGAACGUCCCCUGCCAACCGAGGCAGGAUCGCUGGCCUUUCGCGUACGCGCGAGUGCUUUGUUUUGGCGAGCAGCUGAUCCGGGACUAGACUCGUUCCGCGUCGGGCCCUGUCCAUCGCCGCCGCCGUCGUCGUCGUCGUCUCGACUACGUAUCGUUUCUCGCGUCCCGUCAGGCAACGGUGUCGGACGGAAGACCCGUCUACUGUUCCCGUGAACAGGGCGUUUCGAAGGGUCGAGAAAGAGAGAGAGACUUCGCGCGCGGCGAGAGAAGAAGGAUCCGUUACCAUUACGGGAAAACGGAAGACGCGCGAUCGACCGAUGUACACGGGAGACAACAGCGCGGCUCGAUGACAAGCGAACCCAAUUUCGCCGAGAGUGUUUCACAUCGUGGCGCUCGAGAGACGAAUUCACGGGGAGCAGCAGCAGCAGCCUGUCCGUUCUUGUUUCCAAGGGAGAGAGUGCGUUGAUCGACGCCCGUGCAGCAGUACGGGUGAACUCUUCGCUGCCGUCCUGUAAAUAACGAUCGACCGUCGCCACUGCGCGAGACUGUUUCUUUUCGUGCGUCUAUACAACGCACGAGCAGUUCCCGAGGGAAGCGCACAGAGAGUCGAGACCCUGUCCCGACGCGGCUUACGUCCUGUCGAGUUCAUUUCGCCUGGGAUAGGCUUUCCGCGGGGGCAGCCGAGAGAGCCAAUCACUCGCCACCGACGUAGCUGCGCGUGUAUAGAUAGAGGGAGUGCGCGUGUUGGGAGGCACUACUCCGGGUCUAUAGACGGAGACAGUCGUUCUCCCGAUCCUCGUCUAGACCGUUCGCUGCGGGUUCGCGCGGGAUCAUUCGAUCCCUGUGAACUGUAUCGAGCGGAAGGGUGGUGCGUACGGCUCGACAACCGUACCUCAGCUUUCUGUCAAUCGACGAGGAACGGUUCCGUGGCCGUGAUCGAUGUGGCAUAAGAGACCCGAAGGGGACGUAUCAGCCCGCGCUGACAAAAGGGGGGUACGGCAGCGAUCGAGCUGACUAUACUGGAGUCGAGCCGAGGUGACCAGGGGUCCUCGAACAGGGACGGUACCUGGCAGCAUCUAAGUCACGCCGGAUGCUCGACGGGUCCUUGAGGCGGGCCGGCUGUUUCAAUCGUGUCCACGCAACCGAAGGAGCAACACCGGCCCCAAAAUGCUGUACAUAUUUCACGUGGACACCGGCACCACCAUCACCUUCAACAUCAAGCUGGCGCUCCAAACGGUGUCCCAGCUGAUGGAAGCGAUCGAGAGAGAAUGCGGCGUGCUAGCGGUGCACCAGGUGCUCCUGAUGAGCGGAGGCGAAACCCUGGAACCGAACGCGCGUGUAUGCUCCUACUCGGCCGGAACCGACACGAAUCCGAUCUAUUUGUUCAGCAAGGCCGCCAUUGAGAGCCAGGUUCCACCCACGCCGAGCAUAUAUUAUGGCACCGGUGAGUGUGGAGCUUCUUCACCUGUGAAUAUCCUUAGCCUAUCGCGGUCUGCUGGCUUUUCUUCUUGCGUUUCCUGUCUACGUUCGUUCGCUCGCUCGCUCGUUCGCCAAGAGAAACAAAUAAAAUGCACGCGCGCACGUUCGUUCGCCGCGAGGAAGAGCAAACCACGCGUCUCAACGAACUUCGCUAGAUUAUCAUGAAAAGCACAACUUAUU